AUGUUAAUCGGCACGGGUCCUACGUUGUCCUCGCUCAGCAUCGGUCAACAUCGACUCUCUCCUCGCACUGGACCUGAUCUGGUCCUCCAAAAAACGCAAUUUGGAUGGAUCAUCGGGGGGAGCGUAUUAACGGCUGCCGCGCGGAAAAAACAGCGCACAUUUCUCACCACCCCAACCUUUGACCUUCAAAGGUUCUGGGAGUUGGAAGAGGUAUCCGAAACGCGACACCUUUCCUUCGAGGAACAACAAUGCGAGCAGCAUUUCCGAGAUCACGUCACGCGAGACAACACCGGCCGUUUCAUCGUCGCGCUGCCGUUUAACGAAAAAAAGACGCAACUCGGCGAAUCUCGAUCGCGCGCCUUGAAUCGUCUUUUGUCCCUCGAACGCAGAUUCCGGCGAGACCCAGACUUAAAACGCGAAUAUUCGGACGUCUUAAAAGAGUAUCUGGACCUGGGGCACAUGAGCGAGGUAGAACCUCGCGGCACGGAGGGUUUCUACCUGCCCCACCACGCGGUCAUAAAACCGACCAGCACGACGACUAAGAUUCGUGUCGUCUUCGACGGAUCCGCAAGGUCCAGCAGCGGACUAUCGUUAAAAGACACCCUGUUAACUGGACCGACAAUUCAAGACGACAUUUUCGCGCUCCUAGUCAGGUUUCGUUCGCACACGUAUGUCUUGACCGGAGACAUCGAGAAAAUGUACCGCCAAUUUCUCAUCAGACCCGAAGAUCGCCGGUACCAACGCAUAUUGUGGCGAGACAACGACGACAAGAUCAAAACCUACGAACUCAACACCGUCACGUUCGGGUUAUCUCCCGCACCGUUCCUCGCCAUCAGGAGCAUUCAACAGCUAGCGGACGACGAAAGAGUUGAGGCUCCAGUCGCGGCAACCGUUCUUCAGCGCGACUUGUACGUGGACGAUUUGUUGACCGGAGCGGACACCUACGCAGAAGCAAUAAGGCUACGCGAGCAAACAAUCAGGCUUCUCAAAUUGGGUGGAUUGCACAUUCGGCAGUGGGCUUCGAACGAACCACGACUUCUCACAGGACUUCCGGAAGCCCAAAUCCACACCAAAUAUUUCGGAGACGCAACGGUCAAGACUCUCGGCGUCUCGUGGCACGCGCGCGACGACCACAUCACCUAUUCGGUGGAUCCGAAUAUCGAGACAAGAGUAACGAAGCGAACAAUCUUGUCCACCAUCGCGAAGAUAUUCGAUCCUUUAGGUCUGCUGGCACCGGUUAUCACGACCACGAAGCUACUGAUGCAGUAA